AUGCUCAGAUGGAGCGGUCCUUCUCCCCCCGUUCUCCCUCUCCGGGGGGAUUGGAAGGGGGUGGCACCGCCCCAGCCAGCGCUGCAGAUGCUGCCGCCCCUGGAAGCCCGGCAGGACCGUUCACAGCCGGCCUCUUGGACACCGCCCUGCUCAGAGAUGGGGGUGGCACCAGUCCCUGAGGCCCCCCCGCCUGCCGGGCCCCGCGGCCGCCUCCCGGACCCGCCCCACGGUCGCCUCCCCGGGCAGAGACACCCUCGGCGACAACAGCCACUCGGCACCGCCCCCCCUGGCUGUCCUACCACCUCGGCCAGCCCCGCAAGCACCCAGAGAGCCGCCUCAACUCGACCCGCGGGUGCGGGCGCUUCCCCGCACGGCUUCUCCCGUGGCUGUCCCUCCGAAGCUUCCCCACCUGCGAGCUCAGAAACGCCGUUUUCCGUAGCUGAGCCACUGUGGCUAGGCAACGAGGACGCGGCUGCUGCUUCCGGCUCAGCGGGGGAGGCAUUCUCUUCGGCCUCGGCCCCUCCACCAGCCCCCUCGGCCCCCCCGCCACCUCCACCGGCCGCCCCAGCAAUUCUGCCGCCCUCGGGGACUUUGUCCUCCGUGUCUGCGUCAAGAGGCUGCCCUGGAACCGGCGGCAGGUUCGAGCUCAGACCGUCCCGGGCCAGUUGCCUUUGCAGCAGCGGCCGCAGCGGCCACCCUCCCUUUCCAUGGAGGAGGGAUUGCUCGCCAGCUGGCUGUGGGUGUAGCCCAUCUGCCUGCGUUCAAGAUCAGCAUUCUCGGCGGGUUGGGGGUGUUUGGUCAGUUGCUGCCCCUUGGAGAUUGCCAUCUCUGCCCCGUCUCUUGCGCCCUGGCGACGAGGGGCAGAGGCAGAAGGCACAGCGGGAAGAGAUCGUGGCUUGUUUGCUGUGGGGAACAAAUAUUCCUAGACCCGAGAUGAGGAUUUUUGGGGCUACUUCUAUUCCCCUGCUGCUGGCAUGCUUCAGUGAUUGUGAGGAAAGGAAGCGUCUCACCACCCGUUCUGCCAUUGUACUGGCAGCAGAGUGCAGGCCUGUGGGAAUGCAGAGCCUGCCUCAUGGGUUUGGCCUGGGCUGUUGGGCUCAGGUUCCUGGGCCGGGGCCACCUCCCAGCCUCCUGAUGGAUUUGGGGGUUUUGCUUCCCCCUACCGGUCCUGGCCCGCCUUUUGUGGGCCAGAUCUGGUGUUCCUGGUCCGUCCAUGGGCCAGGGCCCCCCAGGGCCUUUCUCUGUCUCUGCUCUGCUGCUGCUGCUCUUUUCAAUCACAAAAAAAAAAAAAAAAUUGAAAUAGAUGGCAGCAGCUCUGAAGCACUGAAGGGCCAGAAAAGGACAUUCCAGAAAUUGUUUGAAAUUGUUUGAUGACUGUCAAUGGCUUUGGAUAACUAUUUGAACUAUUGAUGGACUUUUCUGCAGCAAGCCUGUUUCAGCACCAAAAAGGACUUUCAGAUAUGUCCAAGAGGAACAUCUUAAGUCCAGGAACCUUUUUCCUGAAACUCAGAUGUUUGGACUUGAAUUUUCUUUGCAUUGUUUUUUGCAUUUUCUUAGAUUGUAAGAUUGUUUUAGCAAUUUGAUAAAAUGGUAUGUUCUACAGGUGAAGAAAUUCCCUGUUCAUUCCACACCAGCAUUUGAGUGAGGUUUUGAUUGGCAACAGAUAACCUGUCAAGUGUUUGUCCUUUCCUCUGCAUGUGCCCAGCAGAGAAAAUUACAAACACUUUUUAAUUAAACUAAACUAAAAAGCUGACAUGUCACAGACAUCUUUUCAUAAAAAUCCUUUCUUUAGGAUUUUUCCCCUUUCUGAGAAGCUGUGGCCUCAGCAACAAAAUGUAAACAAUGGUUAUCUGCUGCUGUGGAAUGCAACAGGUGGAUCCGUGAUUGGUCUUGGGUGAAAGUUUGGAUUUACUGACCACUCACGGCAGAGCUGUUCUUGCUUUCUGCCUGGACACAGAACUUUGUUAUUCAUUCCUUUUCUAUUCUUAGUGUGGCUAGCAUUCUCAGAACUUUCUCUCUAUUUCUUUUUACUAUAGUAAUAAUGUAAUAUAUAUCAUAAAAUAAUAAAUCAAGCCUUCUGAACAUAAGGUCAACAUUCUUACCUCUCUCUUCACUCUGAAAAACCCUUGCAAGCCCUGUAACAUGACUUCUAUUCUUUGAACAGACCAGAUUUUUUACAGCAUUAAAAUUGCUGUAGUGUAAAAUAGCAACGCUUAAAACAAGCAAGAGAAGUGCCUCAAACAAGCAAAAAGAAAUACCUAUUAUAAUAGAGCUAUGUAAUGCAAGAUAGUUAAUAAACUGCAAAGUGAAGAAAGUUACUUUGUAGUUGUACCGAGAGAGAGAAAUGUGGGAAAUAGUAAAGAUAAGAUUUCCAGAAAGCUGUAAAAGCAGGCCUUAGAAACAGAAAGAACAGAAAAUUUAAGAGCUAGCUGCAGCUGCAAAGUCUGAAAGUAGAAAAAGUUAUAAUAGUACAGCAAGCAAGGACAUGAAACAAUAGCUUGAGUUUUAGGCCUUAAGACUGCAGGAAAGCAGUGCAAGCAAUGCUACGCUUAGCAAGAUAGUAGAAGGUUUUAAGCUUAAUAAUGGUGUAUGGUGUAUUGUUAAUAGAAAGCAUACAAGCAAGCAUUCUGUGAAGCAGGCGUACAUGUUCUUUUAGUGAUUGGCUAGAACAAUUGCCUGUAAGCUUUAGCAAUAUGCUAUUGGCUAGAAAGUUUUUUAAAUGCUUUGUAACAAAGAAGUAUUUGGCUGCUGCUGGCAGUAUAUGAACUGUUGCCAUCUUCCUAU